GUGGAGUGGAUCUACAGUAACAGACCUGCUGGUAAAAUCAGAAUUUGGGUGUGGAUCUUUACUCAGAGGAAUAUGACAAAAUGGGAUUUCAUUCAACUCUGCACUAUAUGAUUCCUCAGAGACAACUGCUGAAAGACCUGAAUGAGGGCAGAUAAACAUGUUAGAUGCAUGAUGAAUGACAGGACGAAGCAUCAAGGAGAGUGGGAUGCAGAUGAAAGGAUGUAUGUCCACAGCUAUCAGGGAAGGAACUUUGCAUCCAAACACUUUAAUGACAACACACCGUUCACUCUGCUUCCACCAAGACCUGGGACCUCAGGCAACAAGCAGCUUUACUCCGGAGACUCUGAACGUCUGGGUCUACAAGUACAGGGGUCCUGUUGCACCCUCCAGCAGAGGCCCAGCAGUGGGAGGGCAACACAAAGGGUGAGGCAGCAGAACAAGGAGGAAGGAGAUGGGAGGUCGACACUGCUAAGCUGUCUCAAUGUUAGGCUGGAGAACAGGGCAAAACCACCACCAAGGACAAGGUUCAGGACUGGGAGCAGACCUGAGAUGACCCCAUCCAGUGGAGCUCUCACUGUAAACCACUGCAGAAAAGCAGUCACAGAAACCCACACGACCUCCUGUGACUAUAAGAAUCAGGCUCGUCACGGACAAUCUGGCGCCCCAAAGGUUUCACAACUCCAUCUGUAUCUGCCCUCAUCACUUUGUGAGGAUGAGGAGCAGGACUCUGAGACUCAGGAGAUGAGGAUUUCAGCAGACUAGAACUCAAGAAUGUAUGGUCAAACCGAAUCGACUCAAACCUUUCACAAACCAGUGGAGACCUGAGCACCACAGCCAUUCUCUGAUGAUAUCAGACUGGAGACUGCAGAGUUCAGAGCUGAAAACAGAUUGAGCACAUUAAGCCCUAAAGAGCCUCCACAUGGGCAGGAUAAGACACAGCGAUGACCAAACAGGCCUGCAGCUGUCUACAGAGACACCUCACCACACGCACAUGCUAAGAACAUAAUGACAUGUUGUAGAAACUGUGGAAAAGACAUCCAUUAAGACAGGAGAAUAAGUGUUUAUGUACCACAUGGCCACUUGAUAAAAUUUUGAGUAAUAUUACUAAUAGGGAACUGAUGCACCACAAAUGGCUUUUGGUGGAACAGGUGUAUUUGUUUCAAAAUAAAACUGGGAUAAAGCACAGCUGUAUAGACAAGAUGAGGCCACAUGGGAGAGAAACGACCAAUAUAACAUUGCAGAACUAUGAAAUCAUUGAUCUGACACGAACAUAAUUAGAGGCUGACUUACGAGUCAUGAGACGCAACGCCUGUCAAUAUGUUUUUGUUCUGAGUGCGUAGAUGUCUCCAGCAUGACAUGACGCACGCACAAUACCACUGACAUACAUCAAUAUUUAGAUUUGCUUUAACUGGUAACACAUGUGGUAUGAUUUUGUUUUUGAUAUCUGAAAUUGAUAUGUGUGAUGUAUGCUUUACCAUCUGCCUUUUUCCAUGCACUCAUAGAUCUUAAAAAAGGAAAGAAAGAAAGAAAGAAAGAAAGAAAGAAAGAAAGAAAGAAAGAAAGAAAGAAAGAAAGAAAGAAAAUUUGUAUAAAACCACCUGUUAGGUUGUCACUUUUACUGAAUCUCUCUAUCUGUCUUACAAUUGCUGAAGAAAUAAAAAGAGGCAAUGAGGAAAUUGCUUCAUUAACGAUGUGUGGAUCUUUUAGUUAUUUAAACCAGCUAUAAUUGAUAUUAUAAUAUGAAUCACAGCAAACCAUAAGAACAAGAAAAGUUAAUUUUAAAACAGCAAUUUCAACACUUAGUAUUAAGGAUAAAUAAUAAAAGCAAAACUUCUUAUGCCAUCUUGCUUUUUGCCGUUCACUUUCUCAAGAAUAGACUGAGAUUGUGUGGCAAAAUACGUUCCACAGAAGGCGGCUGAUGGCUUGUUGCCGUGGUCACUACUUGUCUCUGCCGCCUCCAAGUGGCCAAAACAUCUCUAGUUCAAUUCUCACUAUUCAAACGGUAGAACAGAGCCCCACCUCCCCAUACUGCCUUACAGCUUGAGUUCAAAAGGCUUCACAAGCUGCAGUCCUCCAGUGCUCAGUGGGUGACGUCUGUGUAGUGUCUUCUUGCCGGUCUUCUCUCAGUACAGAGGUAGCAAAUCAUGCACC